AUGGUCAUGUUUCAUGACUCAGAAUGGGACGUGGCUUGGUCGCCCGGACAGAAAGUUCUGUCACUAUUCACCGUGGUGACGUUCCCGAACGGCGGUUGUGCGGGAGCAUCAGGAGACAACGGGACUUGUAUGACUGCUAGGGAGUGCACCGCAAGAGGUGGCUCAGCUAACGGCUACUGCGCAAACGGAUUUGGACUCUGUUGUAUAUUUAUGACUUCAUGUGGGAGUUCUACGUCUGAAAAUGGUACUUACUUCGUGAACUCGGGAUAUCCAUCUGUAUACGAUGGCACAGGAUCCUGUGAACUUACUGUAAUCAAAUCACACCCUGAUGUUUGUCAAAUUAGGUUGGAUUUCAACCGGUUUUCAAUCGCUGGUCCAGAACAAAUGCAUAACGUUUGCAACCAAGAUCAAUUCAUUGUGUCAGGAGGCAACCCAGUUCCGGCCAUCUGCGGAAAUAACCAGGGAAGUCACAUGUAUAUAGAUGCUGGGAUUGGGAUGACAAAUCCAGUGAAGCUGACAUUUGUUACUAGUGGACCAACGUUCGAGAGACUUUGGAAGGUCAAAGUGACUCAGAUACCCUGCAGCACCAUAUACAAAGCCGACGAAGGUUGCUUGCAGUACUACACAGGAGUAUCAGGACAACUACGGUCCUUUAACUACGAUCCUGUGUCUGGUCUGCAGCUUAGCAACCAAGACUAUGGGAUCUGCGUGAGGAUGGAGAGGAAUUUCUGUGGAAUCCAAUACACCGCUUGCCCAGACACAGUAAACAACCGUUCUCGAGCCUUCACACUAAGUGGUAACAGCAAUACUCCAGUGAACGCCAUGAUUGGAUCAGGAGCUGGCCCCAACAACUGCGCCAAUGAUUGGCUAUUGGUACCAUGUGGAACGAAUGUUGGACGAAUUCAACCAGCUCAAGCUCUGUGUACGGAUAGAAUUUGUGGCGGAACCUUCUCAGCUGAGCUAUCGAUGCAAGCUUCUACAGUAUUGAGUACUGUAAAACCUUUUCGGCUAUGGUUUCAUACGGACAACGUGGAAGCUCCAGUGGAUGUCGGCAACCGAGGGUUCUGCCUCAACUAUGUACAACAGCCUUGCACUAAUAACUUAGUUUAG